AUGUUUAGUACCCUACGGCAAACGUUUGGUGAUGGAGACCGACUCCUCAGCGUGGAGAUCGCCCCGCCCUUUGACAAGGACAGGACGUCCAUGCGCACUGCAUGUGAGAGAUGCCGUGCACAAAAGUGCGUGAGCGGCGAGAACGGUUGUAUGCUAUGCGUUGCCAAGAACCGGAAAUGCGAGUACUUGGUCAUCUCGAGGCCUCAACGGCGCACGUCCAGCGUCGCAAGUGGUGGUUCAAAGUCACGGAACGAUGAUGAUGACGAUGACAACGACGACGACAACAACAACACAAUCGUCAACCAACAGAAGCAGGCGCACCAGGCGAGGAGGCACAAACUUCGGUCUCGAGCGCAGUCUAUGAGACAAUCAUCGCCAUUGUCAACACAUUUGGCAUCCCCCAAGGACCAACCAAGGGUCGUAUCCACCCCCCAGCCCUCACUUCAAAAUGACAACACCAAGAACAUCACAACAGGGCCAGACAUGGGCCUUGAAGAUGCACAGCAACUGUUUCUCGACACACUCUUCCCAAACUCCCUUGGUCAGAUGCCAUCAGUCUUUCCACAAUUCGAUCCAGACUUCUUUGGUAAUAUGCCCGGCCCUACGCCUACGGCUGUCUCAAAAAGUCGGGCAGGCUACAGUGGUGUUGGUGUUACGGCCGAAGCGUUGACGGCUCAAGGAGACGAUAGCAAACAGAGCAAUCACACAUCAGUGUACUCAUCGUCAUCCGCUGAUAGCCUGUUCGAAUACGGGAUUGACCCAAUGGACUUUCUGAUGGAUGAGUCACGCGUCUCUACAACGGUGGCUCCCAGCGGUGCCCACGACACUAAUAGAGUCACAACCGAGGCCCGGCCAACUACGACCCAUUCCUCAACACCAUCAGGCUCAGUUGCUACCUCUACUUCUUCUUCUUCAUCAUCUUGCUGCUGCAUGAUGACAGCCGUGAGUAUCUACGAGACAAUGCAGGCUCAGCUCGUCUGGGGCGAUCCCAUCGCCGGCCCAUCGACAGCAUCAACUCCCAACUCUACGUCAGCGGGCUCUUCAUACUCGUCCGGGCCAUCCUGGUCGGGAUCAGAGUCCGGGUCAAGCACGAGGGCAGCCGAAGCAACAUGCCAAUUAACGUCGCCUCUCAUGACCCAGCAAACGAUCCUGAAACGCCAGAAGAUGAUACUUCUCCGUUGCGAUUCUCUUGUCCAUUGCGGUAAUUGCUGGUCCCGGCCAGACUUUGUCAUGCUUAUAACGACUAUGUGCGAUCGGAUAUUGACGAGUUUGGAGGCAGUCGAGCGUUUUGUUCGUAGCAGAAGCGACGAUGAUAAUUAUAAGGCCAGCUACAACGGUGCUACUGCUGCCCUAGAUAUGCAGGGCAUGGCAACACCAUCGCGCACGGGGCUAGAAGUGUCAUCCCUGUCCCGAUCGUCCCAGAUGCUGCAGCCCGGGGUGGGUGCAUGGCAGAUCGACGACGACGAUGAGAUGGAACUGGUCAUUAGCCUGAUAAAGUCCCGCGCGACAAGGCUCGGCAAUCUAAUCACCAUGGCUGAGGGGACUAUAAGCGCAAAUGCAUGGCCUUGGCAUGAGAGCCCCGUCUCACGUCUUCCAACUUGCUGCUCUGAGUAUACCUCCGUCCUGCCCGGCGAUGACACAGCUGACGACCACAAGCAGCAUAAAAAUAAUCGGGUCUAUUCCAUUGCUGCUGAUUCAAUUCGGUUCACCUUCAUUAUCCGUGAGACAAGCCUCAGUCUUCACCUUACCAUGGCCUCCCCUCUCCUGCUCAUCGGCAUCAUUGGCCUUCCCGUCAUCAUCGUGCUCCAAUGGCUAGCGGCAUAUGCGCGCACCGUCCUCAAGGUCCGCCGCAAUGGUCAUCCCGCGAUUCACAGCGGCGUCAUGAUCUUCGAGUCCGUCAUUCGUUCUUGGUAUCCUCGCAUUCCCAUCCUGGUCCCCAUGGAGAAGUUCACCCUAAAAGAUCCUUUUAAGAAGUUCGCCAACGCGCGCUCCGAUAUGAUCGUCAUCACCGAAGCCUCUUCACCUAAUGGCGUGGCCUAUCUAUUCGGAUCGCCAAAGAUCUUUCGCGAAAUCGGUCGUAACGGCGAUAUCUUCCUCAAGCCUCUUGAGAAGAUCCGCUAUCGGAUGCUGAAUACCUUUGGGCUACAGCUCGCUUCGGCACAGAAUGGCGCUCAGCAUGAGAGACACAAGCGUGUCGUCAAGGCAGUCUUCAAUAACGAGCUUAUGGCGAACGGAUGGUACAACAUGCGCAAUAUGUGGAGAACCUUACUCCGCGAAGAGCACAUCUAUCCAGCGGCCGCAAAUUCGCAGGCGGCUCCCAUAGUACGAGAUAUGAAAGAAACCAUGCUGAAAGUGACACUAGGUGCCAUCGGCGCCUCGUGGUUUGACAUUGACAUACCCUGGAAUCCGGCAGAGGAGUCGCAGCGCAACGCCAAGAACGACCUGAUGCCAUUCGCCGAGACGCUGAAAGUUGUAUGGGAUUCGCCAUUUGUACAAACUAUGCUUCCGCUGUGGUUUUUGGAAUGGAGUCCUUCAUUGUAUUUACGUCGCGCUGGCUGGGCGCAGCGAUCCCUCAUCACUCAUAUCAAGAACGCGCAGGCUGAGACAAGGCAAAGAAUUGAGGAUAUGAAGGAUAUCGCGGAGGUCCCAGGUCGGUCGAGAAAGUAUAGGAACCUCAUUGACGCGCUGGUCGAUUCCCAGAACGAUGUGGAGAAGGCUGAGAAGGCCGAGAAGGGAUACGUGUCGCCUAAUGUCGGUCUAUCAGACAAGGAAGUCCAAGGCAACAUUUUCUCUUUCAUGGUGACUGGUCACGAAACAUCCUCUCAUACCCUAACUUGGGUCCUGUCACUUCUCGCCAGGAAUACUGAUUGGCAAGAAAAGCUAUAUGAUGAGAUCAGAAAGGUGAAUAGUAUCUCUUUGGACGAGGCUGAAAGCGUGGGAGACGCGAAGCCACUGAAGUAUUUCGACUACGAGGAGAUGGCAAACUUCCCUCUAGUCCUUGCAGCUACUAUUGAAUCACUCCGCAUGCGCGACUUAGCCAUGCAGAUGACGCGCGUGGCCUCUCGCGACACCACGCUUAGCUACACAACGUGGGAUGGUGACUCCGCCAACCCAUCUGAGGCCAAGGUUCAUCAGCACAUCGUUGCCAUUCCCAAGGGCACGCGCGUGCACCUAGACACGGCGGCGUUUGGGGUCAACCCCUUCAAGUGGGAAGACCCGCAAACAUAUAACCCAAGACGCCACCUUCGCGAGACUGAAGACGUGGACGGCAACAAAAAGGUGACUGUCUCGUACGAGGACUUUAUCGGCUACUCGUCCGGCUCGCGUCAGUGUAUUGGCAAGCGAUUCGCAGAGGUAACAAUGGUGUGCUUCCUGGCACAUAUGAUCAUGAACUUCCGCUGGGAGGUCGUGCCCGAACCGGGCGAGACCCAGGAGCAGGCUAAAAUCAGGGCUUCUACUGGCUCGGAACAGUUCAUGUUGACACCUCCAGCGUAUGAUCUGCGCUUCAUCAGACGCUAA